AUGAGAAAAGACUUUGAAGACGAUUCAGAGCCUUUAAUCUCAGUAAGACCGAACAAACCAUCUCGUGACUGUGACGACUGUAAAAGACAGGAUAAAAAUCAAUUAGAUAUAUCUAUGCAUAGAUUAAACACGUAUAAAGCUUUAUCUAAUGAAACUUAUUUGUGCCUAACAUCGGUUGAUCCUAUACUAGAGGCAUUUUUACUAUCCCAGGAGUUAUCUAAUAACGCGUGCGAUGAACCAGAAUUACAAAUAGAAUACGAGGAAAUGAAUAUCCGUGUCCGGGCUUAUGCCGUUGAUCUAUUGAAUGAAUGCAUUAAUAGCGAAGAAUCAAAACUUUUAUUGAACGAGCAAUACGGAGCGCAAAAUGUAGGUGAAAAAAUUCAAGAACAUUUUACAAGAGUUAAGAUAGCGCGUUACUUAGAUCAAAAGGAGUUCAUAGCUCAUCCAAUUACACAGAGGCUCUUACGAAUUGAGUGGCUAGGUGAAUGGAGCACACUUUCGAGGCAAUUACGAUCACCCGUCAAUAAAUUUGUUAGCCACAUUUUAUCAUACGCCAUCUUUUUAGCAAUCUUGUUUAUGCAUAGCGAAUUUAGUGAAAAUAGCAAUCUACAUGGCCCUCCUAGAACAGGACUUGAAUAUUAUAUCAUAGUAUGGGUUUUAGGCCUAACGUGGCUUCUGCUUAAGACCUUAGUGGCACAAGGUUCAAAAAAGUUUUUCUCACUUUGGUGGAAUUGGUAUGAUCUGAUAAACUUAAUAGCCUUUUACUCUACGUUUCUAUUUUGGGGACUCUCUUACAGAGAUUUAUUGAAAAAUAAUCAUUCCAAUUUAGAAAGAAAAUAUUGGGAUAGUUUUGAUCCCACAUUAAUAGCGGAGGGUAAUUUCGCUAUAGCAAAGGUUUUGGCUUUUGGAAAAUUGCUCAACACAUUUCAAAUCAAUAAAUAUCUCGGACCACUCCAAGUUUCAUUAGGACGCAUGGCGUAUGAUAUCUUAGUAUUUUUGGUGGUCUACUUUUUGUUACUUUUAUCGUUCGCGACUGGUCUAAAUCAUUUUUACUAUUAUUACCAAGGCAUGAUUAAGAUUGAAAAAGGUGGAUUGAAGAAGUACCAGAUUCCUUCAUUUACUACGCUGGUUCAAACUUAUAAAACACUUUUUUGGGCACUAUUUGGAAUGUCCCCAAUAGAAUCGGCUGAUGUUGUGAUAAGUAAUUAUGAUAGUGAAAAGAAUGCGAUUAUAGAUAGCGUAAAAGACGAGCAUUCUUAUACUCAAACAGUGGGUUAUAUACUUUUUGCUGUGUUCCAUCUAAUUGCCAUAAUUAUUUUUCUUAACAUAAUGAUCGCUAUGAUGUCUAACUCAUUCCAAAAAGUACAGGAUAAUGCUGAUGUGGAAUGGAAAUUUGCACGAACAGCUGUCUGGAUGAGUUAUUUCGAAGAUGGAAGAACACUGCCCCCACCAAUCAACUUGCUGCCCUCUAUGAAGUCUAUCAUGAAGCUUUGUUCAGGUCAAAUGUUUAGAAAGAAAAAAGGUAAAGGGGACAAUGUUUUUGACGAAGAAUACCAAAAACUGAUAACGCUCAUAAUUGAUAGAUACACGCGUCAUAAAUUGAAGUCAUAA